AAGCCAUACGCCAUUUGUUUUUCAUAGCAAACUGCAUUGAAUUUUCUUACAGGGAAAAAAAAAACACGAGCAAGGAAGGAAGAAAAAGACAAAGCAUGAAAGAAGCUUAAGAGAAAGGGACAAAACACAGUGUCUUUUUUCUUUUUCCUAAACGCAGAUUAGAUUCUCGAGUUUAUCAACAAUGGCAUCAGCAGCUAUAUUCUCUUCUGUAAGGAGGAGAAGGUCGCCGUCUCUAGAGGCUUUCUUGGUCCCUGUUGACUUAACACAAGUGGCUCUUGUCCAAACCUUGGCCGCCUUGUCGUCCGAUCUUGUUUCUUGCUUUUCCGACCAUGUUUUUUUCUUUCAACGGAGGAAUUCUCGGUCUUUGGUCCGAAAAGUGGAAAUUUUCCUUGUGGUUUUGGCGUAUUUGAGGGAUUCAAGGUCUGGUUCCUCGUCGAACUUGUCUCCAACAGCCGUAUUGUGCUUCAAGGAACUCUAUUUGUUGCUGUAUAGGUCCAAGAUACUACUUGAUUAUUGCUCUCAAUCCAGUAAGUUAUGGCUUUUGCUUCAAAGCCAUUCAAUUGCAGGCCAUUUCCAUGAUUUGAAUCAAGAAAUUUCUACCCUUUUGGAUGUUUUCCCUAUAAAAGAUUUGAAUUUGAGUGAUGAUAUUAAGGAACAAGUUGAGCUUUUGCAGAAACAAGGUAGACAAUGCAAAUUGUAUGUUGAUAAAAAUGAUGAGGUUUUAAGGCUUAAAUUCUUUUCAUUUCUUGAUGAAUUUGAGAAUGGGAGGAUACCAAAUCAUGUGGAAUUGAGGCUGUUUUUUGUGGAGAGACUGGGGAUUAAAGAUGUUGAAAGUUGUAGGUCUGAAAUUGAGUUUUUGGAAGAACAGAUUGUUAAUCACGAAGGAGAUAUCGAACCUGCAGCUUCUGUGCUUAAUGGAUUCAUUGCGAUUACUAGAUAUUGUCAGUUUUUGCUAUUCGGUUUCGAGGAAGAUGAGUUGCGGUUGUGUUUCAAGAAUCCGAAGAAACCAUGGAAAGGCUUGAUUAGUCAGGAGAUGGCGCAUACGUUUUUGACUAUCCCUAAGGACUUUUGUUGUCCUAUAUCGUUGGAUUUGAUGAAAGAUCCCGUGAUAGUUUCAACAGGGCAGACAUAUGAUCGGAGUUCGAUAGCACGGUGGAUGGAGGAAGGGCAUUGUACUUGUCCAAAGACGGGGCAAAUGCUUGAUGAUACUCGCAUUGUUCCUAAUCGAGCUUUGAGGAAUUUGAUCAUGCAAUGGUGUAUUGCUCAUGGUGUUCCGUAUGAUCCUACUGAGACCGGUGAUGCAUCUGCAGAGUCUUUUGCCGCGGCUUUGCCGAUCAAAGCAGCGAUUGAAGCCAAUAGAGCAACAGCAGUGCUUCUUAUUCAACAACUAGCAAAUGGAUCUCAAGGAGCUCAGACUGUAGCUGCUCGUGAAAUUCGUUUGCUGGCUAAAACGGGGAAGGAAAACCGUGCUUUUAUUGCGGAGGCUGGGGCGAUACCACACUUACGGAAAUUGCUGUCAUCCUCGAACCCCGUUGCUCAGGAGAAUGCUGUUACUGCAAUGCUGAACUUAUCUAUUUAUGCCAAGAACAAAAGUCGAAUUAUGGACGAGGAUGGUUGUCUAGGAUCAAUUGUUGAAGUCUUGAGACUCGGGAUCACGGUGGAGGCUAGGCAAAAUGCUGCAGCAACAUUGUUUAGCCUCUCCGCGGUUCACGACUAUAAGAAGAGGAUAGCUGAUCAGGGAGGAGCUGUUGAAGCCUUGGCAGAGUUGUUGAGAGUAGGGACACCUAGAGGGAAGAAGGAUGCCGUGACCGCUUUGUUUAACCUAGCGACUCACGCAGACAAUUGUUCGAGAAUGAUAGAGGCCGGAGCUGUUACAGCACUCGUAGGAGCUUUAGGAAACGAAGGGGUGGCGGAGGAAGCAGCAGGUGCAUUAGCCUUAAUUGUCAGGCAGCCAAUCGGGGCCGAAGCUGUAGGGAAGGAAGAAACGGCAGUCUCAGGACUAAUAGCAAUGAUGCGAUGCGGAACACCAAGAGGGAAAGAGAAUGCCGUCGCAGCAUUGCUCGAGUUUUGCCGCACCGGUGGAGCUGCCGCAACCAGAAGAGUGCUCAAGGCCCCUGCAAUGGCUAGUUUACUCCAGACACUAUUGUUUACCGGUACAAAACGAGCAAGAAGAAAGGCCGCAUCACUUGCUAGAGUGUUUCAGAAGUGCGAGAACGCCACUUCACGUUUCGGAGGAUCGGGUGUUGGAUAUCCAUUUGCAAGCAACUCAACUACGAACGACGUGUCGGUGGUACCCAUGUCCAUUUCAGUGUUGUAAUGGCAUUGCCUCCUUUUUUGUUGGCAAAUAUAAAAUUACAAAUUCUUUCAUUGAAAAAAAAAAAGUUUAUACAGCUACUGUUCAUUCAGCUUGAUUUUCAUAUAUGUACUUCCAAUGAAUUAGAAUCACAAUGUUACAAUAACACUGAAAAAAGAAAGAAUACUGUUUACAAGUUCA